AUGUCCCAGCCUCUCUCCUCGGCCAGGCUCUGCAGGAUGUACCUGAGGAGAGCCGCCCGUGCCGUGUCCCUGUGCCAGGCCUGGGGCUGGCAGUGCCCGUGGGGGCUGAGCUGCCACCCUGCUGGGUCCUGCUGCUACAGAGCUGUGAUCUUGGAGGCGAGCGGGGUGCUGCUCCCGGCCCCCCACAAGGCAGCCGCCGACUGGGAGGCUCAGAAUUCCAUUCAAGCUGGCACCCUCCAGCGGGCUGUACUUGCUGGGGGGGAAAACAGUCCUGCUCAGAAGUACACAAGAGGAGAGCUGACAGCUGUGGAGUUUCUGCAGGAACUGGGACAGCAGUGCUUUGAGAUUGCAAAGGUCUGUGUUCCAGUGGACUCUUUUCUCUGGGAUUUAAUCAGAAAUGAGAUGAUAAAACAGCUCCCCAUAAUGGCAGAAGCAGUACAGUGUAUCCGUGCAGAAGGUCUUAAGACAGCUCUUCUAAGCAACAGCUUCUCCCUGCUGAAUGGAGAGAGCUCUCUGCCCCUGGACCAAAAGCUCUUUGAUGUGGUGGUUGAAUCUUACCAGGAGGGGAUGCAGAAGCCAGACCCUCGUCUCUACAAGCUGUGCUUGGAGCGCUUGGGCGUUCAGCCCCAGGAAUCCAUCUACCUCGACCACAGCAGCCAGAACCUAAAAGCAGCAGCCCAGCUUGGCAUUAAAACAGUGAAGGUUGAUGAUACAGAAGCAGCACUCAAAGAGCUGGAAACCUAUCUAGGUUUUCCUUUGCAAGGGUUUGUCCCCUAUACUUGUGCAUUGAGACCAAACAUGGAAAUUCCAAAAGAUCAUCUGCAAAAGUACCUUGAGAGUGUUCUUGGUGGCCGUGCAACAGCCCCGCCGGUGCUGCGGCAGUUUGGCCGUGGAGAGUCAGCCAGGACCUACCUGGUCAGGUUUGGAGAUCACUUGGUGGUGCUGAAGAAGGAGCCCUCUGACAGCCCCUGUCCCUCAGGCCCUGCUGUCAGAAGGGAAUACAGCUCUCUGACUCGUCCUGGCAGGGUCCUGAAGGCGCUCUCAGAGGCUGGAGUUCCUGUUCCCACUGUUCUUGCUCUCUGUGAGGACACAAG